AUGGACCAAUCAUUUGGAAAUUAAACUCAUGGAUAUGAAGAGAAUUUGCUGAUUAUUGAGAUUACUACUAAUAGCCUCUCUUUGAUAGGAAGCACUUUUAUUGUUUUAAUGUACUUAUGUAACAAAGAUCUCCACACGUUUGCUUUUAAGCUAGUUUUUUUACUUUCAAUUUCAGAUAUUAUUCUUGGAUUUGGAAGAAUGUUUAACUUUUAAUCUAUUAUCACUCAAGAUUUCACUCCAGAAAAUGGAGUUACAUGCUAAGUGUAAAGCUUUUUAGUCACUUUUGGGGGUCUAUCUACAAUAGUAACUACUAUGGCAAUAAGCUGGAGUCUGUGUCAAAGUGUUAUCUAUGGAAUAAAUAAUUUAAAUGACUACAGUAAAUAUUAUUAUAUUGCUAUAUUUUUAUUCCCAUUAAUUAUCUCCAUCGUACCCUUGGCAACUGGAGAUUAUGGAGUUUCUGGUAUUUCUUGUUGGAUAUAUGGCCACGAUGAUAAGCCUUAUGGCAUUAGAACUAUGCUUUGGAGGCUAUUCUUAUUUUACAUACCUCUUUGGCUCUCUGUAAUAUAUAAUUCCAUAAAUUAUUUCAGGAUUAGAAAAUUUGUCUACUCCUUAUUUGUCGAUAACACUGAAGCCUCUAAAUAGCACAAACAAAUAAUUAGAAAGCUUACACUAUAUCCAUUGAUUAUGGUUAUUUGUUAUUUAUUUGCUACAAUAAAUCGUGUAUAUCAAUUUUUUGAAGAAAAUGAGGUUGAAGCUAUAGCGUACUUGCAUAUAUGCUUAGCAGGACUUUAAGGAUUUUUCAAUUCUUUAGUCUAUGGCUUCAAUAAGUAAAUUAAAAGUAAAAUAUGUAAAUCAUGCAUAACUUAAAAGAAAAAAUCUAAAGAAUAAGAAGAAAAAGAUGUAGUUGAAUAUUCAAGCAAAAGCAGUAUUGAUGAAAAUAGAUAGAAUGGCUCCAGGUAAGUAACAUCUAGUAUCGAAAGCAGUAUCACAGCAGAGGACGAGUUUGGCUCAAGUGUAUAAAAAGAGAUGAGAUAAAACUUAGGCAAUGAUCUUUACCAAUAUGACUCUCACCCUACUUCUAAAAUUUAUGAUAAAGGAAUUAAUAGGAUAGCUCGCUUAAGUGAUCUUUCUUCAGUUCAUAGCAGUUCUAGUAAUAAAAAUCCAAGUGCAAAUUCACGUGAAAUAAAUCUAACUUGA